CCCUCGCUCCUAGUCACGGAGUAGGCGUUCCCAACGUGCGGAAGAGCCGCAGUGUUGACAAGAAAAAAACUGCAGACAUGCAGGUAGCGGCUUGUAACGCAGAGAAAGAGGGUGUAGGUACAAGUGACUUGUCAAGCAAUAAAUACCGUGUCCUUGUCGGGGUAACUGGCAGUGUGGCAGCCCUAAAAUUGCCCCUACUGGUCAGCAAACUGCUUGAAAUACCCGGGGUUGAAGUGAGAGUCGUUACCACUGAUCAUGGCAAACAUUUUUACAACCCGGCAGAGAUUCAGGUCCCUAUCUACAGUGACAAGGACGAGUGGGAGUUGUGGAAACAGCGUUCAGACCCUGUCCUGCACAUUGAGCUGAGACGCUGGGCCAGCCUCCUGGUUAUUGCACCUCUGGAUGCCAACACUCUGGGCAAGCUGGCGAAUGGGAUCUGUGACAACCUCCUGACGUGUGUGGUGCGAGCCUGGGAUCUCAAGCGACCCCUCCUCUUUUGUCCAGCAAUGAACACUGCAAUGUGGGAGCACCCGCUCACAGGCAUGCAGAUAGACAUACUGAAAGGGUUUGGAUACCGUGAGGUUCCCUGCAUCGCAAAGAAGCUUGUCUGUGGGGAUGAAGGUAAAGGAGCCAUGGCAGAGGUUUUAACGAUUCUAGAGGCUGUCAAGGAAUGUGUGCAAUUGGCUCCCACUUCCUGAGGUACACACAUGGCGUUUAGGGUUAUUUUAACACUCAGCCUUGGAGAUAUUGGAAGUGCCUGGGCGUAGCCGUUCUGGACGGUUCUGUACAAGAAGAUAUUCAGUGCCAGCCCCUGAAGUGUUUUCGUUAUAAAUCCGAAUCUUGAUUGAGGAGCAUGAGACCUUCAAGAGCUGGUUUUACACCUGAUGUUUGAGGCAGGUCACAUCUACAUAACACACAGUGCUGCUGUCCACCACCCGAACCAUCCUGGGUGUUGAAAGACUUGACUUGCUGUGAAAUAAUGUUUCCACAUUUCUUAAAAAUUCAAACACAUACUAAAUGUUGUAUUCUUUUAUUUUUAUUAAAUAGAAAAAUUGUAUUGAAUUACACAAGAAAUCUGUAUUUUAGUUUUAAAUCCAGCCUUCAGUAAAUACAUUACAGAUAACCUGAGAUGGCAAAGCUUGCUUCGUUGGGUGUACGUUAAGCCACCCUCCCCCACCCCUUCCACCCCCUCCAGUUACUUGCUGCCAUACAGACACAGCUGUUUGUUUUAUACUGUAAGGGUAUAUACAGUUUCACAGGAAACUACAAAAGCACAGGCAGCUUGAAACAGAUAGCAAAUCCACAUAUCCGGCAGUCUGUGGUCACUGUCACUGAUCGAGAGGGCUGGGGGACAAUGGCACUGGCUCUACAGGAUGAAACCCCAUGAGAGUCCCCCUCGCAGCUCUGACAGUGAGAGUACCUCAGUCCCUGCAGCUUGUGCUAAUGUUCACUGCGGGCUAUGCUGAAACCACUUGUGACCCGAGGAGCUAUUUUAGACUCCAGAAUAAGCCCCUUUAAGAAGCAGGAUGAUUCUAGCUGAUAGACUAAAUGAUAGAUUAAAUGCAGUAUUGUUGGUCUAAAGCAGUGGUAAGCAAUAAUUGGACCUCCUGUAGAUUGAAAGAGAUUUUUGGCAAAUCUAAAGAUAUUAUUUUUUUCUUAAUAUCCAUAAGCCUAAACUUGUUUUGAAUAGGAAUGAUUACACAUUUCACAGUGAUUCAAAUAAAUGGUCCAAAAAAAAAAAAGAAAUUGUACCUUACAGUACCCCAUAGCAAGCAAGCAUGACAUCCUAUGACCUAAGACACUACCUGAAUUAAACAAAUAAUACAAACAUAUUAACAUUGCAGCAGUUUAAUGGAAGCACAGUAAUUCACUGUUGACAUGGUUGUAUUGGUUCUGCCUUUGCUCACCCCACUGUCAUGUGUUUGGUUUAUGUGUACUACAUCAAAACCAUUCAGCUGUUAACUUCAGCCCUGCUGUUGUGUGUUUUUAUUGUUUAUUAUGAAUAAGUAUUGUUAUUAUUUGUUUUAAGACAUAGUAAUAAUACAUAAGUCAAUAAUGUUUACUUUCACGUUCUUGCUUUACGAAUUGGACACCAUUUUAAAAGGGAAAAUAAUUGGACUGUUAAGUUUAAGACCCCUCAUUUGCACCCAGUCUACAUGGAAGAUGUUUCUUGCAGUGUGCCAUGACUUGCAGAUUGUGUCCCUUAUGUGAGUAUGAAACCGUUUCGCUGUUGCCUGAGGUUACAUCAUGUAAACAAGAUGGGUUCAUCUCGGAUGAUCUUGUUUUGAUCCCUGGAGGAACAGUUUUUAAUAAACCUCUGAAUAUAUCGAUGGCUUCAGUUUUUAUUGUGAAGCUCGCCUUUCAUUGGCAGUGUGCUGAUCCCUGUGCCUGCAUGCCUUCCCCUGCUCCAGGGGCUAGAUGUGCAGCUUGCGUCUCCAAGGGCUGCCAGUCUCUGUCCUUUCACAGAUACUUCCUAUCUCAAGAGGAUAUAAAGAUAGGGUUUGGACAAACAAUCUGCAAUAUGAAGUAUUACUGAUUCGCUGUGUUUUACCCCAACUUUUCUACUGUCCUUUAAAAAAUCAUCUGAUAACUGUUAAGUCAUUCAUGUAUCUCAAUCACAACUGAGAAAUGUGUUAAUAGUAAAAUUGAUUAUUUUUGUUAUUUUUUUUUUUCUUUAUAAUUUUAUACUUUAUAAUUUAAAAGCAGAAGCGACUUUAUUCAUGUAAAUACAGUUACGCAUAACAAUUGUAAUAAAGUGUGUCCAGCAUAAAUUCUUUAUUUUUCAUUAUAGCUUGAAUAAACAUGUUGCAAUCUCAUUUGUACGCUCUGCUUGUAAAUUAAAAAUUUAAGGCUUGGCCAAUUUAAAAACCCAUUUAGUUUCACAGAAAAAAAGUGCCAAAAAUGAAAGAUUUCCUUUAAUUACGUUACUAUCACUGUGCUUUCAUUGUGUAAAACAAAUGUGUUAUUGUGACAGGGCAGAGGCCCUGCACAAUGGGAAGUGUGUGUUCUGUGGCUGACAGCCUAGUAAGUAUUUAAUUGGUCAUUGUCAUUGAAGUCAGUUACCCCUGACCACAUCCUAUAAAAAGAACAAAGGAAAUGUUUGUGGAGGAAGAUGGUUCAGUGAAAGCACUUUACCAAGCCUGAACAGGGAGAGUGUGUCACACAGAGAGAGAGAGAGAGAGAGAGAGAGAGAGAGAGAAAGAAAGAAAGAAAGAAAGAAAGAAAGAAAGAAAGAAAAAGAAAAGCUAAAGGUAUUUUAUGGGUUUUUUUAUGUUGGGGUAAGAAGAUUAGCUCCCCUCAUUUAGUUAGACAGUAAAUUAGUUAAAUACUUUUGAGUUUGUUUGUUUGUUUUGGCUGUCAGGCCAGUGUUCUUUUGUUCCUGUGUUUGUUUUAUUUGUUUAUAUAUAUAAUAAAGUGUGUUCAGUUCUGAA